CUCUCAUCACAAUACUCAUCACAGCUCUUUACUAUCACCUUAAAAGCAAAGUUAAAGCUCUCUUAGUCUCUGUUUACAUUUCUCGUUAACUGUUCAAUAUUGAUCAAGAGUAACUAACCAUGGCCGAAGAGUACAAGAACGCUUCUGAGGAGUUGAAGAACGUCCCCGAACACGAGACCCCAAAGAUCACCACCACGGAGGAACCAUCGGCGGCGACGGGAGAGGUUAAGGAUCGUGGCUUGUUCGAUUUCUUGGGGAAAAAAGAGGAAGUGAAACCUCAAGAAACGACCACACCGCUAGCGUCGGAGGUCGAGCAUAAAGCUCAGAUCACGGAAGAGCCGGCGUUUGUGGCGAAGCACGAAGAAGAGGAGCAUAAGCCUACUCUCCUCGAGCAGCUUCACCAGAAGCACGAGGAGGAAGAGGAGAACAAGCCCAGUCUCUUACAGAAGCUUCACCGAUCCAACAGCUCCUCUUCCUCUUCAAGCGAGGAAGAAGGUGAAGAUGGUCAAAAGAGGAAGAAGGAGAAGAAGAAGAAGAUCGUCGAAGGAGAAGAGAAGAAGGGAGUGAUGGAGAAGAUCAAAGAGAAGCUUCCAGGUCACAGCGAAAAACCUGAUGAUUCUCAAGUCGUCAACACGGAGGCUGCAGUACCAGUGUCGGAUGAAACGGCGGAGCAUCCGGAGGAGAAGAAAGGGAUUCUUGAAAAGAUCAAAGAGAAGCUUCCAGGUUAUCACGCCAAGAGCUCUGAAGAGGACGAGAAGAAAGAAAAGGUGUCUGAUGCUUAAGAAAGUUGAACGAAUAUAUAAAUGAUAUUGGAGUCGGACAUUUGCUGUGUUUCUUUCUGUGAUGAUUUCUCCUUUGUGUUUUAAGCUGUUCUGUAAGAUUGCGUCUUUCGUUGGUUGCAUUAGCACCUUUGUAUUGUAAUUUGCAUUGUCUAUUUUAUAAAGUUCGCAUAUGGGUUCUACGUAAUGUUUCGAGUAAUGUGUGUAUUCGUUUG